AGAAAUCUUUAACUUCAUAUAUGUGUUGGCUCAUGUCAAUUAUCAUAAUCAUGUGUAUUCUAUUUAUCUUCCCAAGCAACAAAACUUAGCAGCAAACUCCCAUCUAAUUGUGCAGAAUUGAAACAAUGGACAUGAACUCUGUUCUGGUGCCCUCUGUGGUAGAGCUAGCAAAGGAGCAAUUGACCAAAGUUCCAGAGAGAUAUGUUCUUUCAGAUCAAGACCCUCUAGAAGCUGUAGCUAACUCUGCCUCUUUACCCAAAAUUCCUGUUAUUGACAUAAGCAAAUUUUUGUCCCAGGAUCUCAAGGGGCUUGAGCUAGAAAAACUACACUUUGCCUGCAAAGAAUGGGGUUUCUAUCAGCUGGUUAAUCAUGGAAUAAGUACUUCAUUGGUGGAAAAUAUGAAGACUGGUACUAAAAGGUUCUUCGAACUUCCAAUGGAAGAAAAGAAGAAGCUGUGGCAGAGAGAAGGGGACUUAGAAGGAUUUGGUCAGGCCUUUAUUUUAUCUGAGGAACAGAAACUAGAAUGGGCAGAUACGUUUAUCUUGAGAACACUUCCGCCACAUAUCAGGAAACCCCAUCUAUUCAACCAUAUCCCCCAACCAUUCAGAGAAAAUUUAGAGAUUUAUUGUGCAGAAUUGAACAACCUUUCCAUCAAAAUCAUGGAACUUAUGGCAAAUGCUCUUAAAAUAGACCCCAAGGAAAUAACAGAGAUAUAUAACGAAGGAAGCCAAACAAUAAGGAUGAAUUAUUAUCCUCCAUGCCCCCAGCCGGAGCGUGUCAUUGGUUUAAAAUCUCAUACUGAUGGCGCAGGCCUCACCAUCCUUCUCCAAGCCAAUGACAUAGAAGGCCUUCAAAUAAGAAAGGAUGGACAUUGGGUUCCAGUUCAACCCCUGCCUAAUGCUUUCAUCAUCAACAUUGGAGACAUGUUAGAGAUUACAACGAAUGGGAUUUACGCAAGCAUAGAACACCGAGCAACAGUAAAUUCAGAGAAGGAGAGAAUUUCACUAGCUACUUUUUAUGGUCCUAAUAUGCAAGCAACUUUAGCUCCAGCACCAAGUCUUGUUACUCCAGAAAGACCAGCACAGUUUAGAAGAAUUAGUGUGGUAGAUCACUUUAAAGGGUACUUUUCACGACAGCUCCGUGGAAAAUCAUAUGUUGAUGAAAUGAAGAUCCCACAACAAGAAUGAUAAUGAAAGCUCUUAAUAGAACAUGGAUGUUAUUGUUCAGAUAGAAGAUCAGUAAAUGAGCAUGUCACCAUAGUACCCAUUGCAUAUGUUCCAGAUUCAGUGACUUUGCAUGUCUUUGAAUAAUGCAUCUCUUUUAUUUAAAUAAACUAAUUGUGGGCGUG